GCGGGCGCGGGUCGGCGCUCGGCGACGCGGCGGACGGCGGGCCGGCCCCUCCCUGCCCGCGCCGGGCGCCACUGGCCCGCGCCGCCGGGAGCGAUGACAUCGACGGGGAAGGACGGCGGGGCGCAGCACGCGCAGUAUGUGGGGCCCUACCGGCUGGAGAAGACGCUGGGCAAGGGACAGACAGGCCUGGUGAAGCUCGGGAUCCACUGUGUCACGUGCCAGAAGGUCGCCAUCAAGAUCGUCAACCGAGAGAAGCUCAGCGAGUCUGUGCUGAUGAAGGUGGAGCGCGAGAUCGCCAUCCUGAAGCUCAUAGAGCACCCGCACGUUCUGAAGCUGCACGACGUUUAUGAAAACAAAAAAUAUUUAUACCUGGUGCUAGAACACGUUUCCGGCGGGGAGCUCUUUGACUACCUGGUGAAGAAGGGAAGGCUGACCCCCAAAGAGGCUCGCAAGUUCUUCCGUCAGAUCAUCUCGGCGCUGGACUUCUGCCACAGCCACUCCAUAUGCCACAGGGAUCUGAAGCCCGAAAACCUGCUGCUGGAUGAGAAGAACAACAUUCGGAUCGCGGACUUUGGCAUGGCGUCGCUACAGGUGGGCGACAGCCUGCUGGAGACCAGCUGCGGGUCCCCCCACUACGCCUGCCCGGAGGUGAUCCGGGGGGAGAAGUACGACGGCCGCAAGGCGGACGUGUGGAGCUGCGGCGUGAUCCUGUUCGCCCUGCUGGUGGGGCGGCUGCCGUCGACGAUCGACAGCCUGCGGCAUGUGCUGGGGGUGAGGUCAAGGCGGGCGCUGUUCCACAUGCCGCACUUCAUCCCGCCCGACUGCCAGAGCCUGCUGCGGGGUGCGUUAUGAUCGAGGGGGUGACGAGAUGCGUCGGCCGCGCCCUCUCACGGCCUAGAGCACAUUCAGAAACACAUAUGGUAUAUAGGGGGCAAGAACGAGCCAGAACCGGAGCAGCCCGCGCCCCGCAAGGUGCAGAUCCGCUCGCUGCCCAGCCUGGAGGACAUCGACCCGGACGUGCUGGACAGCAUGCACUCGCUGGGCUGCUUCCGCGACCGCAACAAGCUGUUGCAGGACCUGCUGUCGGAGGAGGAGAACCAGGAGAAGAUGAUCUACUUCCUCCUCCUGGACCGGAAAGAAAGGUACCCCAGCCAGGAGGACGAAGACCUGCCCCCGCGGAAUGAGAUAGACCCUCCGCGGAAGCGCGUGGACUCCCCGAUGCUGAACCGGCACGGCAAGCGGCGGCCCGAGCGCAAGUCCAUGGAGGUGCUCAGCGUGACGGACGGCGGCUCCCCGGUGCCCGCGCGUCGGGCCAUCGAGAUGGCCCAGCACAGCCAGAGGUCGAGAUCCAUCAGCGGCGCGUCCUCAGGCCUGUCCACGAGCCCGCUCAGCAGCCCCCGGGUGACCCCUCACCCCUCACCGAGGGGCAGUCCCCUCCCUACCCCCAAGGGGACGCCCGUGCACACGCCAAAGGAGAGCCCGGCCGGCACGCCCAACCCCACGCCGCCGUCCAGCCCCAGCGUCGGUGGGGUGCCCUGGAGGACGCGGCUCAACUCCAUCAAGAACAGCUUCCUGGGUUCGCCCCGGUUCCACCGCCGGAAACUGCAAGUUCCGACGCCGGAGGAGAUGUCCAACCUGACCCCGGAGUCAUCCCCGGAGCUGGCCAAGAAGUCCUGGUUCGGCAACUUCAUCAACCUGGAGAAGGAGGAGCAGAUCUUCGUGGUCAUCAAGGACAAGCCGCUGAGCUCCAUCAAGGCCGACAUCGUCCACGCCUUCCUGUCGAUCCCCAGCCUGGGCCACAGCGUCAUCUCCCAGACCAGCUUCCGCGCUGAGUACAAGGCGACGGGCGGCCCGGCCGUGUUCCAGAAGCCGGUCAAGUUCCAGGUGGACAUCACCUACACCGAGGGCGGGGAGGCCCAGAAGGAGAAUGGCAUCUACUCCGUCACCUUCACCUUGCUCUCAGGCCCUAGCCGCCGAUUCAAGAGGGUGGUGGAGACCAUCCAGGCCCAGCUGCUGAGCACACACGACCAGCCGGCGGCCCAGCACCUGGCAGACACCACUAACUGUAUGGAAAUGAUGACGGGGCGGCUUUCCAAAUGUGACGAGAAGAACGGGCAGGCGGCCCAGGCCCCCAGCACGCCCGCCAAGCGGAGCGCCCACGGCCCACUCGGUGACUCCGCGGCCGCUGGCCCUGGCCCUGGAGGGGACGCCGAGUACCCGGCGGGCAAGGACAUGGCCAAGAUGGGGCCGCCCUCCGCCCGCCACGAGCAGCCUUAGACACACUAGCCCCUUCCCCAGCACAGCACUGACAGCGGCCGCCCACGCCCGCCUCUGGACCGUGGCUCCGGAGCCGGGGAGGAAGGAGGGGCACGGCGGGCC